CUGGUAGCGAGAAACAUUACGAGUGGCCACUGCUUGAAGGCGACUCAAAUAACAGCAGAGAAGACGAGGCACACAAUGGAGCUCAUAGCAGCGCGGAUAACCUACUGAAAGACUUAUCAGUACAGAACGGGCCGUGCAGCUUUAUCCGCAUGUGAUAAGAGUGUCUGAAAAAAAAAAGUACGAACGCUUUGGCUAGUUUUGCCCUCGAACUGCUCUUUGUUUUUCGGACGUUCAGCUGCAUCGCAUCACAAGUGGCCAUGCCUCCCACAACCCCAUACGCCGGAAAGUUCAGCAACUGUGGCCUUUACAGUGGCAACAAUAACAACUACCAGCAGCCACACAGCCCAUACCGCCACUGCGCCUCUGCAAAGACCACCAAGGAAAGUGUCUACAAUGGCGCGUACUCUCUGGCAGAGAACCCAUAUGACAUACCGCACGCUCACAGCGUGUAUUGCGGUGUUCCCGUGGACUCCGUGAGCACUAAAGAACGUCAUUACAGCAGCAGGAGUGCCGUUUCGGACAACCUGUACUCCAACACGCAGCCUCACAGCCCGCGCCAGCACAGCACGACCUGUCCCGCACGAGUGCACCGUCAAACCAGCACCAGCAGCGGCAGCGAACAGUCCUGUCGGAGCAGCGCCGCGGCCAAAAGUCGACUUAACAUACACGGGGUCACCGCCAGCUAUGGGGAAAUGUGUUACCACGACAACAGUUUGGUUUCAGCAUCUCUCGAGGCACUUAUUCAACACUUGGUCCCUACCGUGGACUACUACCCUGAUAGGUCGUACGUUUUCACCUUCCUGCUGAGCUCACGCCUCUUCCUGCACCCCUACGAGCUCAUGACCAGAGUUUGUCACCUGUGUGUGGAGCAGCAGCGGUCGGGAGACACCCUGCUGGAUAAGAUCCGUUUCCGUGAAGUGGCGCCAAAGCUGGUACAGCUGCUGACCGAGUGGACCGAGACCUUCCCGUACGACUUCAGGGACGAGCGGAUGAUGCGUUGUCUCAAGGACAUGACGCAUCACGUGGCCAGAGGGGACGAGUACUCUUGGCGGGCCAUGCAGCAGAUGACCCAGCGCCUAAUAAAACGCCUGUCUGCCCUCGGCCAAUACGAGGAAGCGGUAGCUGCGUUAAGUGCAGUGGCGACCGAGCGCCCCGUCUCCCUAAAGAGCAAAAGGGAAUCGGUGCCAAGAAGCGACGUUCUGAGCGUGUGCGAUGACCCCUUCAUCCUUGCUCAACAGCUGACACACAUUGAACUGGACAGGCUGAGUUUUAUCGGACCUGAGGAGUUUAUCCAGACCUUCGCCUUGAAGGACCCCCUAGAGAACCACAAGGGUUUCUUCAGAAAGCGCAAGACCAGCAAUCUGGAGGCGUACGUGAACUGGUUCAACAGACUGAGUUACCUUGUGGCCACUGAAAUCUGUAUGCCGGUGAAGAAGAAACACAGAGCACGCAUCAUCGAGUUCUUCAUCGAUGUGGCGCAGGAGUGUUUUAACAUUGGCAACUUUAACUCCCUCAUGGCCAUCAUCACUGGGAUGAACAUGAGUCCUGUUGCCAGACUGAAAAAGACUUGGAGUAAAGUCAACACUGACAAGUUUGAAAUUCUCGAGCACCAGAUGGACCCAUCCAGCAACUUCAGCAACUAUCGCACUGCGCUCCGCGGCGCCACCCAGAGAUCCGAGACUGCACACAGCGUCCAGGAGAAGAUUGUGAUUCCUUUCUUCAGCCUGCUCAUUAAAGACAUUUACUUCCUGAAUGAAGGCUGUGCCAGCAGGCUGCCCAACGGACACAUCAACUUUGAGAAACUUUGGGAGCUGGCGAAGCAGGUGAGCGAGUUCCUGGUGUGGCGUCAGGUGAUCUGCCCGUUCGACAGAGAUCGCAGAAUCCUCCAAUAUCUUGUCACCACGCCGGUCUUUGCCGAAGACGAGUUACAUCUUGCCUCUUACGAGAGCGAAGGGCCGGAGAACAACAUGGAGAAGGACAGUCGUCGAUCUCUCCGAUCCUCCCUGUUGCAUCGAGAGAAUCGAUCAUGAGGACAAUUUUGUCCACUCUGCAGGGUGUAAAUAAACAUGUCAAAUAGCAUGUUAAAGCUACAUGGCCAUACAUGCAUACAGAGUAUACAUUCCCUAGGCCAGACCUGGAACAGCUAAUUCUGCAUUUUCUCAAAUCAGCAGUUUAGCAUACAGACUUUAAUACUAUAACCUGAUCGUAGUUACAGUAUAUGUGACUAGAGCUCUCUGAUGCUGAGGAAUUCGUUCCUGCGUGUUUCCAUGACCUCGUCUUUUUUUCAAUUGGAUCAUCACUUUUGUCUGAGGCACUUUGUUGGAAAAGUUGGGCGGACCUCGCUUAUUUCUAUCGUUGUGGAAAGAAAUGUGUCCAGCAAUCGCUUAUGAUAACACUCCAGCCACAUACUGCGAAAGGAGGAAACACUCAAGGACCAAACUGUUUUUAUUGCAACACAAUGGAGGCCGGGAAGUGGACAUUCUGCCUUUUCGUCUUGUUGAGUGCUUCAUUUCUAACGGCAACAAUGAAAUAUGGCUCGAACAUGAACUCCUUUCUGGCACUUUGACUUGUGUUUUGGUGAACCAGUUGUGUCAUGUCAUACAAGCUAAACGAUGCACUUCAUCUUCAUCUGUUUUCUUACUGGACUUUAUGCCUCUUUAUUCCUACAGUAUUAAGUUGUAUUUUGUAUCAGCAACUAUAUUGAAUGUUUAUUUCUUAAUGUAGCGACCAUGCUGGUUUGCCUCUUUCUUUUUUUUUUUUUUCUUUUAAAUUUAAUUUAAUUUUUAAAAAUUCGCACACACCAGCUAAGCUUUGACAGAAUUGUGUUGACUUUAAUGGAGCACAGCUUUAACACAGAUAUGAAACAAGUCAUCCUCAAUGUGUCUUUUUGUGAUAAGUGGACAUCUGUAUCAGUUUGUUUAUACAUUUUUAAAAAAAAAGCUCAUUUUAUGUUAUAAAUGUUUUAUAAAGUUUCAUGUGCUUUGUUCAAACUUUACUGUGUAUUACGUGUUUCUUGGUACUUGUACUGAAGCCUUUGUGAAAAGACAAUUAUAUUUUUUUUCUUCCAAAUAAAUAAAGUAAUACACUAUGAA